CACACACACACACACACACACACACACACACACACACACACACACACACACACACACACACACACUGCUUUGAUGAUUACAUCAGCGAAUCAGGUCCCCCCCAUUUGACAUUGUGCUUGUCCGCAGGAGUAGCCAUGGGCUGAUACAAUAAUGCUCAGUGAGUAUAAAAAGAAAGUCUAUUAGUUUACAUAAGUAAACUCUGUGUCACAGAAGACAGUGAAUUGGUCCUGUGAUUGUUUGUUUGAAGUGAAUGUUGCUCAGGGCAUAUGGUGUCCCAUCUACAGGACUGUGCUGUGUCAUGUGCUGUGUUCCUCUUGAACAUGAGACUGUUCUAUUCUAAGCAUGGCUUCUCCGAAAGUUGACUUACCACAGAGGAAUAAAUGUCUGGCAUCAAAACACCUCCUGAUGGAGACUGGAGAGUGUUAAUGGAUGGACAACUGAUCAACUAAUGGCGCUCGCUUGUUUAUUUUGGUCGCCUUUUGUUCCAUGAUUGUUUCCUACACUUGCCAACACCCUAAAAGGCUUGCCGUUCCUAUCCUUGUUGUGGAUUUGUUUUGAUGGAUCCAUGUUACGUUGGAUACAUGCAUUUCUUUGGUGGCUACGCACUUUUUUGGCAUGAGAUAAUGGGCACAUUCCUUUUGUUAUUCUUCUGCAUACCUUCAUGAAAGAACAACAAAGUUUACGGUCAUCCUCUUGGAAAGCUGGAGAAAUAUCGUAGCAAUCUAUUCCAUGCGUGUGAUGCAGAAAUGAUUGCAUUCUGUCGGAACAGAUAAAUCGAUUAGUGGCCAGACGCUUUCAGAACACUGAUCUUUAUAUUUGAAUGAAACCUGACCCCCAUAGAAGAGUUGACGGUGUGCUGUGAGUAGCCAGAUUACAACAUGUUGGAUGAACUAAUCAUGACGUUGUGUUUGUUUGUUUUGGCACUAGGAUUUGACGUGUGUGUGUGUGUGUGCGUGUGUGUGUGUGUGUGUGUGUGUGUGUGUGUGUGUGUGGCAAUGGGUUGAAGUCCAGAUGAACAUGCUGUUUUUGUGGGGCCUGCUUAUCAGGGCAGAGGGUUCCUUCCUGGUUUUCUUUAGCACAGUCUGUAAUUACUGUAGCUGGCCGGCCACGAACUUGCGUGUAGUUCCCAGCCGUCCCUAUGUUUCCCUUGAGCUUGUCAGUUUCCUAUUGUUUUGCGAUCGACUCAGGCAGUAAUAUGAAGUAAACAGCAAGCAUAGAAGUGCCAUGCCACUGUUUCCUCUCAAAUUUGCUUUUGUCCUGCUUAUUUAUUAACUGUACUGUAAUUAAUACAUAUUCCUUUUUAUAAUAUCUGCACAUGAGGUAAUGUGUGUAAUUAUAUGACAGAUCAUGCCCACACACACUUGCAAAGUUCUGUGUCUGUGUAGGCAUGAAUGUGACUCUCCCUGAUAUUGCUCCUCUUUUCUUUCUGGAAGGGGGGGGGAUGCCAGUCAUUCUGCAUUCAAGAUCAUACAGGAAGUGAAUGCAAACAUCCCAUAUUUACACAUGAUGAUGGCACCAUAGUAGGAGGAGGCAAGCAUUGUACAACUAAAUAGACAAAGAGCCUGUAUGCUCAAAAUAUAACUAUUUGCUUAAAUCAGAAAGCUUGGACUCAUUACAAAGGCAUAUGUCUGGUGGAAGAAACCAGUGGAUCAAACCAAGGCAGAUAAUCUUUCAGAUGAUAUAACUGGGGUGUGUGUGUGUUGUAUGCUCCCGCCUGUUGUCUUUCUAUGUAUUUGUACAGCCGCUUCUGUGGUGCAGGGCUCUGUCUGCCCGCAGCUGUCUUUCCACUCCGUCAGACCCGAGAUGGCGAGCUCAUGAUAUUCUGUGCGAGACAAUACAGUUAAAGUAUUGAACUAUUUUGCUUUAGGCUGACUGGCCUGAAGCGUUGAUUUUUUUAUUCUUGCUAUUUUAAACACCUAUUCAAAGAUUUUGGUUGUCGUUAGCAUAUCUUAAUUUCAGCUAAACUGUAAAGCUCAAAUAUGAACGAGUCAACUGCAAUAUCCUUACCGGUAAGGGGGUUCCCUUCCUUACGUCCUAGAGAAACAACAAGAGUGGUGCAUCCUUUGUUUGUACUUUCGAGGCAUCGAUUUUUCCUGGUGAUCUGUUAAACAAAAUCCAUCCCUACAAUACAAGAGUACAAACAAAAACAUCUGCUUCCAGUGACUGUAAGACAAAGCCUGUAAAUCCCUGGGCAUUUUCGUUACCUUCUCUACAUGCAAAUGGGCAAUGCUGCACCUUAACACAGAUGUUUGGGGAAAUAAGGAAUGAAAUAAUGGACUGGAUUCUGCUCACUGGAACAAUAGAAGGGAUCUGGGAUUGGUGUUCGGUGCGGUUUUGGACAAUGGUACUUCGUGUAUGAAACUAAAGUUAAACAUAAUUUUUCAGACUGCAACACAAAGAACAUUUGUAUUUGUAAGCAGGAAAUAAUUGUUAUUGUUUCCUUGGCGAUGUUGAAUGGGUGAACAAAAAUCUAUUCUGGCCUUCAACUAAAAAUGAGACUGGUGUUCAGAAGUUGUACUCUUAUUUCUUGACCUUCAUUGUUAAAUGUACAACACUGACCCCAGUAUCAAGUGGGAUUUGUAUUUGAUGCAGAUGAUGAGCUAAUGAGAUAAUGAGAUUAAAUCUGUGGCGUGCACUAUAACCUUGAAUGAAUCGCACCCAAUGAUACAUGCUACACACAACAUUUGUCCUAUCCUAUCACAGUCUCCGGCCCUAUACAUGCAAACACCUGUAUCAAACACGUCUUUCCUAUAUUUAACCCAACCUAGUUAGCAAUCACACCAAUGCUCUUUCACAAACACUUCAACCCAAAAAAAGCAGGGGCGUGGUCCCACAAAACCACUGAAUAGCCGGUUGAGUGGAAAGCAGUCCGGGGACUUUGUGGGCGUUGGGCCCACAGCUCAGGGCUGCUGAUGGAGCAGUUCAGAGUUAUUCCAGCCACGUGGCACUGGAAUGUGGGCUCAUAGAGUCUGGGCAGUGGACUGUCUUCAGGCAAAUGCUUCUGGUGGGGCUUUUAUCUCGACCCGUGCAGGAGUAUUGCUCUCAUGCUGGGGUACCAGUCAGUAUUAUAUGAUGACUGCCGCUGAGUGAGUGAGGCUAAGUGCCUGGAUGAUGUCUACUGAGGCUUCUGCUAUCACCAUGGUUAUUUGGCAGGGCAUGAUACUAAUGUUAUCUACCGUCUUUGAUGUCAUGAUGUCAUGUAAUGCUAUCCUUUACAGGCUAACAUGGUGCCAAUGGCAUGAACCUAUUAGGCCUAUAUAUCAGUUUAGUAGGGAAACCUACAUCUGACAGAGGGUUUAGGUCAGUAUCCACCACAAAAUGGGCUAAAUGACGACUCAAAACCAUUUUCAUUGUUCAAAAAUUCUCAAAACUACAGGUACACAACUAAUAUUGUGUGGAUACCAGCUCGGGAGCAAUAGUUGAACUACGAGAACCAUAUUACGGACCAGCCUGUGGGUUUAACAGCGGGGUCACCGCCAACGAGGAAAGCAGAACGUCUGCCGGAGAGCUCAGCGAUCCCAACACGACUACAAUGGGAGACUUGACGGCAGAUCCGAAGGAUCUGGUCAUGAAGCUGUUUGAGAACUUGGCGCAGGCGCCGGCCUGCAAGUGCACACUGCAGGCCUUCAACGUCAUGUGCGCUCAACUGGGGCUGGACCCCCUGGAGCACACCACCUUCUACAGCAGUCUGAAGGACAAGAUGACCACGUGGAAAGCCAAAGCACUUUGGAGCAAGCUGGACAAGAGGUUCGCACACAAGGAGUACAAGAAGGGACAAGCGUGUGUGGGCACCAAGUGUCUGGUGAUCGGAGGGGGACCCUGUGGGCUACGGACGGCCAUCGAGCUCGCCCUGAUGGGCGCCAAAGUGGUGGUGAUCGAGAAGAGGGACUCGUUCUCCAGGAACAACGUGCUGCACCUGUGGCCCUUCACCAUCCAUGACCUCCGGGGCCUGGGGGCCAAGAAGUUCUACGGGAAGUUCUGCGCGGGAGCCAUCGACCACAUCAGUAUACAGCAGCUGCAGCUCAUGUUGCUUAAGAUUGCCCUGAUUGUCGGAGUGGAGUUUCACAUCAACGUGGAGUUUGUGAAGCUGUUGGAGCCUUCAGAGGACCAGGAGAAUGAAGCGUUGGGCUGGAGGGCUGGCAUCCUGCCUGCGGAUCAUCCCGUGGCUAAUUUUGAGUUUGAUGUGGUGGUCGGCGCAGAUGGACGAAGGAACACACUGGAAGGUUUUAGCAGGACCGAGUUCCGGGGUAAGCUGGCUAUUGCUAUCACGGCCAACUUCACCAACAGGAACACCACGGCUGAAGCUAAGGUGGAGGAGAUCAGUGGGUUGGCCUUCAUCUUUAACCAGAAGUUUUUCCUUGAUCUCAAGGAGGAGACGGGUAUUGACCUGGAGAACAUUGUGUACUACAAAGACAAGACGCAUUACUUUGUCAUGACAGCCAAGAAGCAGAGCCUAUUGGACAAGGGGGUUGUUAUUCACGACUACGUCGACACCCAGAGUCUGCUGUGCAGUAACAACGUCAACCAGGAAGCGCUGCUGUGCUAUGCCCGCGAGGCCGCUGACUUUGGCACCAACUACCAGCUGCCCACCCUGGACUACGCCACCAACCACUACGGGCAGCCGGACGUGGCCAUGUUCGACUUCACCAGCAUGCACGCGUCAGAGCACGCGGCAGUGGUGCGUGAGCGCCACGGGCGCCAUUUGUUGGUGGCACUGGUCGGGGACAGUCUGCUAGAGCCCUUCUGGCCCAUGGGUACGGGCUGUGCUCGGGGCUUCCUGGCCGCCCUGGACACGGCCUGGAUGGUGAGGGGCUGGGCUCAGGAGAGGCCCGUCCUGGAGCUGCUGGCCGAGAGGGAGAGCAUUUACAGACUGCUUCCCCAAACCACACCCGAGAACUUGGCCAAGAACUUUGAUCUGUACACCAUAGACCCUGGAAGCCGGUACCCCAACAAAAACUUCUCCAGUGUCAAGGCAAAGCAGGUACGUCACCUGUAUGUCACCAGAGAGCUCAAUGCCUGCCCUCUGCAGCGGUCUGCAACCAUACGACGGCCUGUCAACAUAGACAGGCGAGAGUCUGAGAUUAGACCGGGUCGACUGCUGACCUGGUGCCAGAAGCAGACAGAGGGCUACAGGAAUGUGUCGGUGACCGACUUGACGUCCUCUUGGCGUAGCGGCCUGGCCCUCUGCGCCUUGAUCCAUAGGUUCAACUCCCAGCUCGUAGAUUUCAGCUCCCUCACCGAGGAGGACGCCGCCGCCAACCUCCAGCUGGCGUUCGACGUCGGCCAGCGGGAGUUCGGCGUGGCGCCGUUCACGUCCGGGCAGGAGCUGUCGGCCGCUCCGGACGUGGACAAGACGCAGAUGAUCCUGUACCUGUCAAAGUUCUACGAGCUGUUCCGCGGCACGCCUCUACCUCAGACAGGUUUAAGGGUUGCUGAUGAAAACAGUGUGGAGUAUCCGUCGAACGACCCGAGACACAUGACCAAUGGGAUUAAUGUCUCUCAACCACGGAAACGAGUGCCCAGGGAGGAGAGGAAAUCGGAGAGCACCCCGGAAUCAGUUUACAAGCGGCGGCGAAAAGGAGGCAGCAGUAGCCAUCUGGAGGAGGCCACUCAUCUGCAGGUCUCCCGGGACUCCUCCGCGCUGCUGGAGGAGACGGCCCCGCGGGAGAACAACCGGGUUCGCUCCAUGGCCACCCAGCUGCAGGCCAUGUUCGAAGGCACCGCCGCCGCUAGCACCGUCCGCAGACAUACCCUACAGUCCUUCACACACUACCCUGGCAUGACGGAGGAUCCCUGUAGCGAAUCAAGGGUGUCGGCCCCGCCCAAGCCCUCCCUCAAGUUUAAAAACUUUGAUAAAGGCUUGCCAGAGUACGCAGCCCUGCAGCCACCUAAAGUGCCGCCCAAACCCCGGAGCAGGGUCACACAAACAUUGCCUCAUGCCGAGCACCCCUCCGACGCCACUCCCCUUCAGCAGCGCCCUCUUUGGGAAGGCCGACGCGCUGAGCAGAGCGCUCAGACGCAGACGCGCGCUCAGACGGCGACCGCGCGCCGGUGUGCGGAGGCGGAGUACGCAGACUUCCCCUCCUCCCCCUCUCCCACCUCCCACAACUCUGCUGUCCUAGUCAUGAGAAGAAUGCUCCUCCGCCUGAGGGAGGUGGAGGAGCAGAUCUCUGAGAAGAAGGCUCAGACUCAACAUGCUAGGGAGUUUCAGAAAAAGAGUAUAAAGGACAAGGCACAUCAUCUUUGUGAUUUGUUGGAUGCCACUAAUGUACCCAAGGGGUCUGUCCAUCAGACAUCGCCACAGUCCACAGAUAAGUGUCACUCCUGUGGGAAGCGCGUCUACGUGGUUGAGAGGAUCAGUACCGAAGGCCUCUACUUCCACAGGGAGUGCUUUCGCUGCAAGACCUGCAAUUCGCCACUGAGCCAGGGCGCGCAUGUGUAUGACUCUGAACAGGGAAAACUUUAUUGCAAAGCACAUUUCGUACAACAUAAAAAUGGGACCCAUCUCCGAAGAAACAUAAACGGGCGCACAGGUUCUUGCGACCGCCGGGACUCUGUUGAGCCCACAUCCUGUAGUACCAGUCCGGAGAGGCCCCCACACUGCCCCACUGAUGGCAAGACGAGCCCCUCACCAACAGGUACCCUCACCUCACUGCUCAGGAAGGGCCUGAGCUGGCCCAUGAGUUUGACCCGCGCUGUGUGCGGGGCCCCUAGGCAACUGAGCGGCUGGCUGCAGCGCCGCACGCGGGCCCUAGGCGUGCACGUCGGGGCCAAUGGCCGGGACUAUGCAUUCCUCUACGAGCUCCUGAGCGUGGGGUUGCCCCUGCUGCUGGUGCUGCAGGGAGUCCUGCAGCAGAUGUAUGUGGAGGCUGCCCCGGCCGUGGCCCUGUGUUUACAGCCUGCGCUCCGGUGGCUUGAGGAGAAUGCUGGCCUCAGGCUCACAUAGAUGCUGUGCUCGCCUGCUCCUCCCUCUCCCCUCCGCACACUCCGACACCACGAUCACAAGUGCAAUCAGAGCUUCUCUAUGUCCGCCAUGGGAUGGCGACAACUUUGUGACGCACGGAAGCACCUUCUCACAGCAACACCGAUGUCUUGUUUUCAUGUUUAUGAAAUAAACAUAUAUUUUGAAAACAAGACUUUGACCAAAGAAUAUACAUAAAGAUGGUUCCCGUGGCAGCCUCCUUUUUUUUUUUUUUUUUUUUUUUUUUUUUGAGUUUAAGAUUAUUUUGUAUAUUUGGACUCUUAAGAUGUUUUGUAUAUCUUCAUAUUUAUCAAAGAAGUGUUUCAACGCUGGAAAGAGGUUUUUUGGUAUUUUCAUAAAACAAGGCUAUGCAGUAAAAAUGUGCACAGAUUGUUUCAAUAGGUGCUACAUUACCAGAGAAAAAAAGGUAGGGUCGCUAAUGCUGAAUAAGGUUGACCUAGACGGGUUAAAACUCUCCUAUCUUUAAAAGUGUUCUGUGGGCUUAGGACACACUUGAGGGUAACUUACUGACUGGACUAACGUAGUUGAGGGGCAUAACAUGGACAUUGGUACCUUUCUGUGGUGGAUAGGAUAAAGAAAUCUGCGUUUACUACUUUACAAAAUUACAGAAUGGAUGUUCUUCCUAAACCACGUAUGUUUACUGAGAUUUUUCUUAAAUCUAGACAUUUUAGUCGUAUUAUCGUUGGAACUUUUCUGCCAUCUGCUGUUCACUUCAAGUAGGCAAAACGAAGUGAAGAAUUCAAUUUUAUUUUAUUUUAACUACAAAACAUUGUACUCAUGCACCUGAUAAAUCAUUUGUCAUAAAUGAUUAAUUCCAUUAUAUAUUUUUAUUUAAUGUGCAGAUGUGAUCUGAAUGUUGGAAUAUAACUAUAUAGAAGAUUGUUACCAUCCCCUUUAUAUAGAUGUAUGAACUGUGUUGUGCUUUUUAAAUGAUACAUAAUUAAUAAUAAAGUAAAUGUUUUGGGAAAUGAAAAGAUAUUACUUUUCUAUUAUUAUUUGGAUUUUAAUGUCUCAGUUAAUAUACACCGCAAUGGCGCACGCAAAGAAAAAACAAGGUCCCAAGAUCAACUUUACAUUUCUUCUUUUGAUUGUGAUUUUCUUUGUCAUCUUUCUCCCAAAAUGUCCCUGAAGCUUUAUGACGUUUGAGUUGCGGAACCUUCUGGAUCAUUAAGGGAAAUUGCAUAAUGCAGGUGAUUGCACCUGCAUGUCUUGUUGAUGCUGUGGUGUGGCUGCAGUUAUACCCGAUUAUUUACGUUAUCCAUUUGCUCUGAACCAUAUUGUCUAACAUGUUGUGUGUGACACUAAAAACGAAUAAAGGUUUGAAGUGUU